CACACUAGCCAGCAUAGAAAUUAUUAAGGAAUAGUAAAAAGAUUUAACAAUUUUUUUAAAUUUCUUUUCAACAAUUUACAUCUCUUUGCCAUACAAACAUGCAUCUUUCAACAUCCAUGCUAGCAGACACCACCGUCGAAGUCUUUGCUAGAUCAUUUUCUUCAGACGUUACUACAACUGCACAAUCUUUCAAGAGCUGGGAUACAUGUCAGCAGAACAAAACAUGUAAAAUCAUAUCGAUUGUUGGAAUAGCCAUUGCUGCCUUUGUGGUAUUAUGGUUCCUUUUCGCCAUCAUGUCUUGUAUUUGUAUGGGAAAACAAUUAUUAGAGGCAUGCUGUUGUUGUUGUUGUAGAUCAGCCAACUCGAAAACCGUCUAUGUCGAUAAUCAGAGUCCUUAUAAUAAUCCAAACAUGUAUCAACCAACUCCAGCUCCGCAUUUCUACCAGGCUCCCGCACCAGCUGCCCCUGCCCAUUUUGCAAAUCAAAACUAUCAAGGUUACCAGCCAGUGCACAGAGAGAUCAACGAUGAGAAUCCAUUCUCAGAUAGUAAGGCUGAGAAAUACUAGAUCUACGAUCAUUUAUGACAUUUUAUGGGAUAUAUAUAUACGUUUACUUUAUACAUAUUGGGUAUUAUUUUU